CUUUUUCCCCACUUGAUGCUUUUAUCUUUAGUUGCCCUGGCAUCCCUUGCCGCCGUUAGCAGCGCUGCAAUUGAUCCUAAGCGCGCUGGCCAAGGCUGCUAUUACACACGAGAAUUAGAAAAGAUUGUUUGUGCUGGUGGCGAACCGCUGAGCAACGUCGAUGCUCCUGUGUACACCUUAAAUGUACCAUAUAAUGCUGCUACGUCUCUCGCAAACAUAACGUGGGAAGCGAUCCCGGUACAAGGAACAGCAGACAUUCCAAAGACUUCAACAGGUGUUAUCAUGGCCCCCCUUAGCUCGAAAGGCGAUCAAUUUUACUACCAAGGUGGGCUUACCUGUAGUGGCUGCCCUCCCAAUUCCGGCUACGUCUUCGAUUUGAACCAAAAAUCAUGGCGCAAAGUUAACGACGAGCCUAUCAGAUUUGGCGCUCAAGGUUUUCUUGUGAAUAACACCAUUUAUUAUUAUGGUGGAUAUAAUGCUCAAAUGCAGUUCGGCAAUGAAACCAAACCAGGUGUGAAUCACCAGUUGAUUUCCAUCGAUACCAAGAGUUUUGCUGUAAACCCAUUUGAGUAUGUUGGCUAUCCUCCAGGCCUUCUUUAUGGCGGAUGUGUACCUGACUCCCAAGGCUACUUAUUCACAAUGAUUGGUGGAAUUACGCACAACGGCGAUGAUACUGCCGCACCAAAAGGAUUAGUAGAUAUGCAAACCUUCUUCUACGCCAGACCUUCCGAUAAUGCCUACCUCCAGGCAGGUCUGAGACAAGGAUCUGCCAUGCCAGAGCGAAGAUUAGGACAUACUCUGGUCUACAAUCCUGCGGGGCAAAUCGUUCUGUUUGGAGGAUGCAACUUGGACAAUAAGGCCAUCAACUCGAACAUUUGGAUGUUUGAUCAUUCACUCACAUCCUGGAUUCAACAGCCUACAAAGGGCGACCCACCAUCUCCAAGAUGCAUGCAUUCAGUGGUUGUCAUUGAUGAUUAUAUGGUGGUUCUUUUUGGCAAAAAUGCCGACGGCUCCUAUGUCAACGAUCCAGUGAUGGCUCUCAAUAUGCAAACAUGGGAAUGGACAAAUGAGCUUCGCUUGGGUACCGUUCCUACACAAACUGCACCUCCUACUCCUGGUGCCAGCCCAACCAACGGUACUGAUAUUAACAAUAACGCUGCCAAGGAAAUUGACAACGGAGCUACUAAGUCUUCUGCUCUAAGUGGUGGAGCUAUUGCCGGCAUUGUCGUUGGCGCAGUAGUAGUUGCAGCUCUCGCUGCUGCUGGAGGCUGGUUUUUGAGUCGACGAAAUCACAAACGCAAGACACCAGCUUACGAUGGUUACGCUACUGAACCGUUGAACAACCGCGAUAACGUGCCGCAUCAAGAACCCGGCAAAGAUACGACCUACACCUCGGGUGCUUAUCCCGGUCAGGCGUCCUCUAAUAUCAAAUCCCCGUCCGAAAUGACCUCACCCAUGACGCCCAGUUCUUUAUCCGAACACAAUGGCACCGCUAGUGUUUCGGCCAAUACAACAAAAGUUGAAAUGCUCCGAAAGCCAGACGGCUUUUAGGAAUGAAGGUUAUGAGCAUCCGAUCCUAUGCAGAAAGAUAGAACUACUCUUCUAUUAGCUCCUACCUGCAGACUAUAUAUGUUGGAUCUUGGAUGCACGCCACCCAUCUUAAAUCCAAGGAGUUCAAAAUACCUUUAAUACGUCGAAUAUUCUGUUUCACAGAGCUCAAGCAUAUCAAUAAAUUAUUAUUCCAUCUUUCA